GUCUGCUUGCACCGAUGCGAUCGACGUACACAUAUGUGUACGUAAUAGUAGGCCUAUAAUAAUAACGUAACUUGGAGAUUCGGUUUAUGACAAAGUCGUGUGAAUAAAAGUUAACUUAGCUGCAACAUGACGGCCCAAUGUAUGGGAAAUUUUGGUUCUCACAAGUGGCUCUACCCGGAAUAUUUGCUGGACAAGUAUGAGGACCGUGUCUUGAAGCCACGAAAUGAACAAAAUGAGACCGAUAUAUGCGGAUACAGCAAGGAUACCGUGUGGGUCAACAAGCGGUACAUCCCUACCGAUCUCCGUAGCACGGCACCCGUACCGCGACACAAACUCAUGGCCCCCAAAGCUCUGCCGCUGGCUGAGCCGCACUGGGUACCCCUCGGCGAGCCAUCCCUCAGAAGUAUUUCGAGGGCCAAGGAGGAGGCGGGGAUCUGUGUAUCCUCGCCGAGUACUCGGUGUGAGGAGUGGUCCACGCUUCGGCAGAUGUUGCCGUCCAGUGGCCGGCCUAUCACCUUCAGCCCGCCCAACUGGGGCACCGGGAUGGCGAUGCCUCCCCGAAUGGUCAGAGAGAAGCAGACUAGAUUCCCUCACAUAAACAGCCCAAUGACAAGAUAUACAGAUGACAUGCACCUGACAAAUCGCCUCUUCAAGUUGCAUUAACUUCUAGUUUCUCUGAGCACCAUGUAUCCGCAAGAGCAAGAAAAAAGCUAGGAAACAGUGUGGAAUCCAAUCUACACUUCUGUUUGUGGCCAUGUGAUCUUCCUGGAGCUUGCAACAGGCAACAACUUGAUGGAAACCUCAGGACAGCCCUGUUCAUAGAUAUUUGCCACCAGAUUCUCCAAAUGAGCAAUCUUUCUUAUAUCCAUCUAUCUGUUUUCCUCACCAAUUGCUUAGAUUUAUAGCCAAAGUCAGUAAAUAUUUGUAUUUGCCGAUAGUGGCAAAUAUUAACCAGUAUAAUGUGCAUUCUUUGUCUAAUAAAAGCUUUCCAAGAAACACUAUUUUCCCCCCAGAUAGUGGCUUGAUUUCUGGGUCAAAUUUUGCCUGAUUUCCCUUCCAAACUUUGGAGGUUUUGGCUCAAUACAAAGUUGUAUUUUGCUGUAGGAGUACAAAACUGUACUUUCAAGCCAAAGAUGCCAAUUGCUUUCACUUAGUAUUAACAUUACAUAGAUGUACAGAGGGGUUUGGGACUUGAGACAAAGCUAGCAAUUUGCCUUCAUGACUUGGCUGGCAUUAGAUAGGAUAGUGUAGCUGUGAGGGAGGGCAGUGACUGGGGCAGAUAUCACCACUCUGGGUGCGAGCCCCCCAAUGCUUUUAGUCUCCACUCAUGCUGUUUUGCUUUCUCACCUCUAAUGCAAGUUAAGCAACUGAAGCCUUGGCAAAUAGCUAAGACAAAGCUUGAAAAAGUGACAGCCAAGAUCUGAAACUUCUUAGUGCUGGGGUGGGGAGUGCCAUUUCCAUUUCAGUUUUUAUGUGUGCUGAGUGAUCCACACCCUAUCUCACAAGCAGGAAAUGUUGUCUCUUCUUGUCAAAAACCAGCCAAGAACCAAAGGCGAUAUCUAUGCUGUUGCAUUGCAGGUUGCCAAUAUUUUUGCCGAGUGGAGAUGCUGGGCGCUGAGUAUUCAUACGCUAAGCAACAUCAUAAAAAAAAACCUCCUCUGCUAAAACUUUUGCAAAAAUUUAUCUUUCCAUUUCCAAGAUUCAUAUCUGUAUAAAAGUGGAUUGAAAUAUUUGGUCAGGUUCACGAAGAGUCAGUUGAUGGUAUCGUAAAUGGUGUGUGGAAUGUAAAUGGUACUCGAAAAACCCAUCUGGAAUUCAGUGUUUUUGACAAUCUGUCCAGAACCAAUGUUUAAAAGACAAAAAAAAAAGCUUUUACCUCUGAUCACUGUGAAGUACGGAAACAGAAAGCAGGGGAAAGGAAUUGUCAAACAUCAAAAUAAGCUUCUUCAGCCUGGUUUUGGAAUGAUGGCUCAUAUUUUAGCUAGAAAGUGGGCAGCACUUGUUGCAAGGAGCAUUUAACUAUGGAUUCUGUGCUGUUUCCUAACCUGUUGUGGACAAAUGAUCUUACAUGCAAAAUGAGACUCGAGUUUCCUAGAGUUAGGCAGGAGUUAUUUUCAGAAAACUUUAUUUUUCACCUUGUCUUUUUCUUCCCACAAACAAUGCAGACUGAGUUAACAAAAAUGUUACAUAACACUGAGAAGCUCUGUUAUCUGUAAAAUUACAAUUUUUGAAAAAAGCCCAAAUGAAACAAAACUAAAAUAAAAUGCCUAACAAAUGAACAAACUAAAAACUGUUUUUAUCACUGGUGAAAAAGAAUUGAUGGAAACAAAUUACGCAGGGUAUUUUUGUACACACAUGUGGCAAACUGUUAAUUUUUAAGGACCUAAAUACGUUAUUUGACAUUACCCUAUGCAAUUACAUAGGCACAUUUUUUGGUAGUUAAUAUUCACAUUGAGCUUCACAAUUCAGGCAGUUGGCUCAAAUUACCACAUGCCUGCAAUAUUUUGUUCUGACUUGUCUGUUCAUGGGAACAUUGCCCAUGAUUUAUAUGUGUAUUUAUGGAUGCUCUUCAUUUUUGUGUGGAUGACUUAAAUUACCAAUCUGACAGGUCAUGGUCUAAAAUGCAAGGGAAAUUGGUCCAUAAAUUUAGACAGAGUAAGGAAUUUUUGACGGUAAAUGUAAUGAAAUUGAAUACAGCAAAUUUUACUUGACUCAAUAUGUUAUGUCAUACAUUACAUUAUCAUGCUAGACUCAUUACUUAACAUUUUAGCUUCUGCAGGGUUAUAUAACGGGUCCGUGACCACAAAGCAAAACCUGUUUCUUUUUAUAUAAAGCACAAGUGUGCAUUGGUACAACUACAUGUUAUGGAUAACAGGGUUCGAAGAUUGUUGCUCACUGAAUUACGAGUGUGCUGAAGUGUUUUCAUUAUAUGAUUAAUCCUAUGCAAACAUUAACUGAUUUGGUCAUUUGUGAAUGCAGUUUCUCAAGUCAGCUCGUGUGGAAUGUCUCCACAGCUUGUUGCCAAUGAUGGGGUUGAAAUGGGUCUUAUUUUUCAUGUGUAGCUUCACAGAUACACCAUUCAUGCAUGAGGGCAGGACUUCACUGCAUGGGGGCGGAUUUCCUUUCUUAGGAAAGACAGGACAGAACUGUGGGGUCAAAAGUUUGCUUUUGGUCCCCACAUCUAUAUUUCCCCUCAUUUGUGAAACAAGUAUGUGUGUGUACUUCAUCAAAAAAGCCACACUUUACAUUUACAUCUUUCAAUAUCUGGUUCAGCACCAGCACAGGAAGUCCAUCAGUCCAAAUGUGCAAGGAUGGGGAGUUCUGCAAGAGGGUCACAUACCUCGCCAUUGUUUUCACCCUAAACAGUCACUCAAUGAAUGAUGGGUAAAAAAUGGAGCCUUCAUAAGUGUAGUUAAUGUAACAUAAGUAAUGUUAGUAAUGAUGUUUCCUUUACAGCACCAGUUGUCUCUUAAUUCAAUUGAGGUACCGGUACUGUAUUGGUUCCGAUCAUUGAAAACAUAUUCCACUGGUUUUCCUCAAAGCCUUGCCCAAAAUUUCUGAAGUGUGUGCAUGCUGUCAUAAGAUUUUUUUCUAGAUUGGUGUUUUUUUAUACCUUUGUAACCUCAAAACAUUUUGUGACUUUUCUAACUUUUCUACUUGUUAGCAUACAUGUGUGUCAAAUACAUACAUGUAGAGUCAUCGGUGCCCAGUGCUCCAAGAUAGUAAUUUCAAGUUGCCAACAUGAUCAACCAUUGUAAACUUGCCUUUAUCUAACCCUGUGCUUCCCUGAAAGCCUUGGUAAGUUUUUAAACUAAACACAAAUGGCCAAAUGUGUGCUUUGAAUUUGUUUUAUAAAAGGUAUGCACCUGCAUUUUGUGUAAAAACUAAAUAUGAUGGAGAACAUAAAGUAUCAUGUAUGUGUAUUUUUGCUAACUGAUGUGAAUAAAUAUGAAUGCAGUGAAAAAAAA